AUGAGACUGGCACAACCCUUUCUACUGCUGGUCGCCCUGUGCACGUACGCCCUUGCGGCUCCGUUGCCAGAAUCCACGGGCUAUCUCUCCAAACUAAACAGCCUCGAGGACUUUGAUAGCAUCGCUACGAAUGUCGACAGCGGGAGUUCCAACUCCAAUUUUGGAAAAGCAACAAAGUUCCUGAUUGACAACCGAAAUGCCCAGGCCCCAGUCAUCUAUUUUAUCAAUGCCAAUGGUGCAGGCGACGAGCACCAAUAUCACUAUUAUUUCGCCGCAAAAUACUUAAAGAAUUUCAACCGCGAUUUCAACGAUCUGGACGUCUUUAACGAUAAAACUUACUUUUCCCAAGAGAAAAGCUUUUAUGCAGGUGUCGUGCGUGCCUACACUCUGCAGAAUCAGACGUUCGUGGGAUUCCAGUUUUACCCACAGGAUGUCUUGAAAGAGCAGACGAUCUUGCAUGCCGCUCGCGUUGUGAGGAACGCUGCACCGACACUUGAUCUUCGGUUCGUCGCCACCGGCUCUCACCAAACAGUUGCGACGAUCAAGCAACAACUCGAUGAAAUUAAGGUUCCAGCCUUGCAAUUUGACGCAAUCCUUGGAGACGUGACCUACGCUCCGAUUGUGCAGGGAACCUCCUAUGGCAUUCUUCGUCUGCGGCCCGCGGAAGAUGCGACCACGCCCCGCGACAUUGUAAUCCUGGACGUGCUCCCACUGUACCUCUCUGUUCUUUCGGGAGUUAUUACUACCCAAUUCCAGGACGCCAAUUCACACGUCUCCCUAAAAUCUCGGGAACGAGGCACGCCAGACUGCUACCUUAAAUCUGCGUCCACAGAUCCUGCCAUAUUGGCUCUUGUUGGCAAGCCUGUGAAAUUCACGGUUGGUCCGUCGAAAGCUACGAUUGAGGCGGCCACCCAGGAAGAGGUGGACGAUUACCACGAGGCUCUCAAUGCAAAGAGACAACCAAUCGUCAUGAAUUACGACAAGACAUUUGAUCAGGUUGUCUCUUACGACACAAUGUGCCCCCGUUCUAACACUUUCGUUGCUGCCGCCGCUUGUAUGGCAAAAAAAAACAUUUUUGGAUCCAAGGCUGCGAAUUUGGCCUUCCUCGCCCACCCGACCGCUCUUGGUCGAGCAACCGAGAAAGGCACUCUUUCCGAACAAUACGGCUACGAUCUCUCACCUGAGGGCUUUGGUAUUCCGUUCAAGUUUUAUGACGAUCUCGUGAAUUUACCAGAGAAUGCCAACCUGAAGAAGGCGAUUGAGAGCCUGCAGGCUUCCGUUAAUCAAGACAAGCUUGCCAAGGCAGAGUUGACCAAAGCCGUCGCUGACCUGCAAAAGCUCUUCUACGCUGCCAAAAUUCCUCAGGCUGUCCUGGACAAGGUUAACGCAGCCGCAGCCGCUCUGGCAACAAAAAUUGGGGACCCAAAGCUCAAGCUCAAGUUCCGUUCUUCAGCUUCUGCAGAGGACAUUGAAGGAUUUGACGGCGCGGGUCUCUACUCGUCCUUCUCUGCCAAGAUACAUGAAAAAGAUACCACCAGUCCCUGCACCUACGACCCCGUUGAGGAUGAAAUGAACCCCAAACGAAUCGACUGUGCUCUUCGCGGAGUCUACGCGUCUCUUUACAACGUCCGAGGUAUCGAAGAGCGUCGCUUUGCCCGCAUCGAGGGAGGAAUCACUAUGGGUAUCGCUGUCGUGCCCAAAUAUGCGCGUGAAUCCCCCGUGUUGGCGAACUCUGUGGUUGUCACCAAAAUUCAAGAUGCUACUCAGCGCGACUUGGCUGGAUACACAAUCGGGUCGCAAGAAUUGAACGGUUUGGUCACCAACCCAGAACCAGGGACGCUCUCUGAAAUGACAUGGGCCAUCCAAGCAAUCCGUGGCCGACCUGUUGCAUUCAACACCCUCCGUCAAGCCGUCCCAAAACCCGGCGGACCGGCUCGCACCAGCCGUGUGCUCACCGACCAGCAACUCACCGACACUGUCAAAAUCACCCAAAAGCUCGAAAUCACCUACUGUGCUGCAAAGGCCGGUGGCAACAGGAUUGGCGCAUGUGAAGACGUUCCUUUUGAGCCUGUAGAAACAAAGGAGGGCGCACUGGAUUUGGAGGUCAAGUACCUUGAAAAUGGCCACUAUGUUUUCAAACAAAUCCGUGAGUUCCACGGUUAA